AUGGAUCAUCUUAUUGGCGAAAACCCUGAUCUAUGGGGAGUAAUUCUAGAUGGACCAACUAUACCUAUGAAAACUGCAACUGAUGGAAUCACCAAAAUCCCAAAGGAAAGAAAAGAAUGGAAUGCUGAAGACAAGCUCGCAAUCCAAAACAAUGCCAAAGCCAAUAAAAUUCUGAUUUGUGGUAUAGGACCAGACGAAUACAAUCGAAUCUCUUCUUGUCAAGAUGCCAAAGCCAUAUGGAAAACACUACAAACCGCUCAUGAAGGAACAACGCAAGUCAAGAAGUCCAAAAUUGAUAACUUGAACAGACAAUAUGAACUGUUCAGGAUGGCAGAAGGGGAGACUAUUCAAGACAUGCACACCAGGUUCACCUCCAUCAUCAAUGAGAUGUACUCCUUGGGAGAGAUAGUUCCUAAUGGAAAGGCAGUAAGGAAACUCUGGAGUGUCCUUCCUGAAACUUAG